UUUUGCUUGCCGGCGCCUCCACUGGACUUUCCUGCUCGUGGCGGCCUGUCUCCUAGGGUAAGCUCGUCUCGCCUUCCUUGUGUAUUUUACUUGCUUGUCUUUUUAAUUUGAACUGGUCCGAAGGAGUUAAUAGUGGAGGCGGGUUUUCAGCUUGCACUAAAGCUCGGCUUGUCUUUUCAGUUGACUGGACUCGACGGAGGACGAUGCCAGACAAGAAAGGCGCAACCAUGCUUGAGGACCUGCCAGGGGAGAUUAUGGACAUGAUACUCAUCCGAUUGCCCUCCAAAGACGUCGGCCGCUGUCGAGUUGUCAACACGUCAUGGCGCAGUGCCACAUCCACCCCCAAAUUCAUGCUCAAACACCACCGCCGACAGCCGUUGGUUCCCAUUGUCGAUGCGCAUGGGCGGGCUGUCAGUCAUGUCGUCUUUGGUGACGUCGGUGGUGGCACCUCCAGUCAAGAGCUCUGGCCGUUGGUCCGGGAAGGCAAUCUCAGUUUCACUCUCAAAGGCUCCUGCGAUGGCUUCUUGAUUAUCUACCAUCACACGCAACCCAGUUUCUUCAUCCGCAACCCGGUCACCCGCAAGUAUGUUAUCCUACCGCAGCCUCAAGGGCAAUUCAACUUCGUAAUUGGUUUCUACCGCCACCAUCCAACUGGAGAAUAUAGGGUGCUCUGGUUCUCUCUGUCACAUGACUCGUCUAAAUCCAGCGUAUAUGUCCUCACAGUGGGAUCUGACAAGCCAAGGCGCAUCAUAGUAAAAAUUCCAACGGUCUCAUCGCCUUCUGUGGAAAAUAGGUUAAUGAAUGAGGUGCACUUUUCAUCCGGCUUUUCACCACCAGUCCACCACCGUGGCAGCCUGCACUGGUGGCUUUCUGGUUCCAGUGACAUCACAGGAGGAUGUGCAGACACUAUUGUGUUUGACACAGAAGCCGAGUCAUUCCGGUGGAUGCGCAGUCCUGGCCAGCAUUGCCCUAAUAGCAUGCUGUUUGAUAUGAAAGGGACGCUUGCAUUCUGGGCCGGCUCGACUCCUGCUAGUUUCUCCACUAUGGAUGUCUGGGUGAUGCAAGAUUACGAGGCCCAAAUCUGGGCUUUCAAGUAUCGGAUCGAACUGUCAACGGUGGAGGCAUCACGUCAACUUUAUUUAACUUCUUACAAAAAGAAAAAGAGAACACCAAUUGAUUCAAUGGUGCAGUCGUUCAAUGAUAUGGCUGUGUUAAAUGAGCGUGAGCUACUGGUCAGGUUCAAUGGCAAACAUGUGUUGCACUGUGACGUUGAUGGCAAAUUCUUAGGUUUGGUUAAAAUUGGUAAGAAUCAACAUUGUAUGCGGCUUGCUCAUUACCGCCUCCAGGAGAGCAUUCUUCCAAUUCCGUCCCAUGAGAUGCAUCAAGGUUAAGACGAGGAGGCUCCGUUCUCCACAGGGCGCAUCUGAAUGUUCAAGGCUCCUGGUUUGCUUUGACCUGAUAUUUAGAGCAUGUCUUUUGUUCUUAGCUCUUCUCACUUGUCAUAACUACUAAUAGAAUAUGUCAUUUUGGAUGGAUGCUGUAGCACCUGCGAUGUCAUCACUUGGUGGUUGUUAUUAUGUCUUGAACUUUUUCAUACUAUUCUGGACUAUGGUGUAUGAAUCUAUGGUAUUAAAACUCCUUA